AUGGCUGCCUGCAGCCUGACACUAGGACUGUGGCUCCUGCUGCUUCUCCAGGAUAUCCAGACAGCCCCACAGACAUUGUUAACACCAUCUCAUUCCUGUGAUGCACUUGAGAAUUUGUUCUAUGAUGAAACUUCACGAAGCUGCUGUUACCAGUGUCCCUCAGGCUAUGUUAAAAAGAAAGCAUGUCCUAGGGACCCAAAUGAAGACUGCAUGAGAUGUGGACCUGAACAAUAUGUAAAUGCAGAAUUCCAAAAGCCACGAUGUGACGCUUGUGUAUCAUGUGCAAAAGAAUCUGACCUUGUGGAGAAAGAGCCCUGCUCCUUCAAUUCUAGCCGUGUGUGUGAGUGCCGACCGGGCCUGUUCUGUCAAACCCCUGUUCUGAACACCUGCAUACGGUGCCAGCAGCACACUGUUUGCAAGCCUGGUUUUGGAGUCAAAGUCAGAGGCACCUCAACAAAUGAUGUUACUUGUGAAGCAUGUCCUUCUGGAACCUUCUCUGAUCAAAACUCCAGCACCGACAUCUGCAAGCCCCACACAAACUGUGCCAAGUUGAACAAAAUAGCACUAAGUGAAGGAAAUGCCACACACGAUCAGGUUUGUGUGGACCAAUUGCCCACCUACCUCACCCCAAGCGCUCUGUCCAUGAGAUUCAGCAAUGAGACAAGUAACUCUGACCUAAGGAGGUUUGAGGAUAACCUGGUGACCGUUGCUAGUAUCCUUUUACGUUCAACUCCAGAGGAGAAAGCUGUGCCUGGCACUUUUCCCACCUCGGCCAAGGGGAAGAUGACAACGGGAGGUCUAGUUCUUUGGGGAGUGGUUCUCUCUGUGAUAGUGCUACUUGUGGGCACGCUGUUAUUUUGGAAAUGGAAGGUUUGCAAGAAGCGGAUCCUCAUCCUCAAAGGAAAGC